AAAAAGGCCAAAACCCAACUACCACCUCUCGCACAGCGGACAGCAACAAUUCAAGAAAACUGAGGUUAGCACAGUUGGGAUCCAACCGUCGAAGUUGGGGAUGACGGAGGACGGCGCCGCUAGGGUUUCUUCCGAUGAAUCGCAAACGAGGCAAAGAAAGAAGAGAAAAUGGGAUCAGCCAGCGGAGUCUUUGGCCUCGAUUGGGUCGGCAUUGCCCGGUGUUCUUCCGUUGGCCAACAUGGGAUCUCUUACUGGGACUGCUGUUCCAAUGGUGUCUCCAGUCGCUGCUGGACUUAUGAUGAAUUCACUUCCGGCUAAUGGCAUUGCGGCGUCACAUGCACUUCGGUCAUCUGUACUGAUGCAGCAGAGUCCUGCAGUGGUUUCCAAACUAAACCAACAAAAAGUCCAAGAAGAUUUGGUGAUUGCUCGAGAAAUUGUCAUAAAUGAUGCUGAAUCUGCUGUCCGGUACAAGCUCACAAAGCGUCAAACACAAGAAGAGAUUCAGAAGUGCACUGGAGCUGUGGUGACGACUAGGGGAAAAUACCGGCCGCCAAAUGCCUUACCUGAUGGUGGAAAGCCAUUAUAUCUCCACAUUUCUGCAGGCGCUAAUUUGAAAGAGACUGUUGAACGAAUUAUAGCUGUUGAUCGUGCAGCAGCAGUGAUUGAAGAGAUGCUGAAACAGGGUCAAAAUUCGCAGCCUGUCUCCUAUUCUGACAAGGGAGUUAAGAUUUCUCAAGCUUUGAGCACAUGCGUGAAUUUGGGGUUUGAUGCGGACCCAUCAUGGAACAUUGCUUCCCGAAUUCGUGGACCAAAUGACCAAUAUAUAAAUCACAUUAUGAAUGAAACAGGAGUAACUGUCUUAUUAAGAGGGCGUGGUUCUGGAACUUCUGAGAGUUUGCAUGGAGAAGAAAGACAGCAGCCAUUGCAUUUAUUCUUGUCCAGUAACAACGCAAAGAGCCUUGAAAAUGCAAAGAGUCUAGCUGAAAAUCUUCUGGAUACAAUCAGUUUAGAAUGCGGUGCCUCCAGGGUAUCAUCCUCUAAGGUGUAUGGUGCUGUUCCACCUCCUCAGCAGUUGGUGGUGGGAUCAAAUAGUUCUGGAAGUGAGGUAACAGAAAGUACAAAUCCAGCUGCUGGUUUGACAUCUACUAGUGGCUUUACUACAUCUCCACCCCUUUCGUCACCAAUGGUCCCUGGGGUAAGUUCUGUUUUCACUCAAGGGGCAGUGUCAAUGUCUGGGGGAGUGCUAGGUUGCUUUCAGGCUCAACCACACAUGGUCCACCAUUCCCAGCCUUCGGUAACUGGUGGAACGAGAUACAGUGGAUAUGAAGGAAUAUAUCCUCAAGCCACACCUUUGCAACAAGUUGCAUUGGUUCUAAAACAUUCAACUUCUGUCACAUCUUCUGUCGCCUCUGCACCAGCAUCAGCAAGUGUGAUGUCUGAGCUGAGCACUAAGCCUGAUUCUGAGAAAGAGAAAAGGCCUCCACAGAGGCGGAAGUUUCAGGAGUUGCCAGUUGGUAACACGGAUCCAGCACCAAAUUAUCAGGUAUUUUCUCUGACCUUCUGUGAAGCUAACUGCCAGAUACUGGACUCCUGUUGUAGGAACAGUGGAUUUUAUUUGUCAUAGGUAUUUACUUUUGGAGAGUUCAACGGACAGCUGCAAACCGAUUCCCAGCCUGGAACUGAUACCUCCUUUAUUUGUUGCACCUUCUCAUGAAAUGCAUUUCGUGUUUUGCUAUGUUAUUGAUAUUUUAGCUUCUGCAAGUCAAUGACACUCGGUUUUGCACAGCUAUGUAGAAAGGACUUUUUUUUUUUAACAAGCAAUUAAUCUGUUAAAGUGCUGGUUGAAAGUAUUCUUCUUGCUUAACAUAGAAUAGCAGAGACGAGUUGAUUAAAGAAAUCACUCAGAGAUCCUUCUGUAUUUCUGUUCUUUUUUAGCUCAUCUUUAAGCUGCGACAUCUUGCUGGCUCUUGUACUGGAUCAGGACCUCCCAAAUUUAUCCCCUUUUAAGUUGAUCUUUGAAGGGAGAGCUAUCUGUCACUGCGGAAUAAUGCUAGCCAUGUAAUUAAAGCUAUAAAUCUUGUAUAAGCUGAGAGCACUGUUGGCUCUCUGCAGAUUAGAAUAUGCAAGAGCAGCUGGCUAUCACAUUUUUCCUUAGGUUGCUAUUCUAAUUUAUGGAUUCUUUUUCCUUGGGUAAGUGCUUGUGUCGACACAGCUAGAGACUGAGCACAAAUAGAGAAUUUAGAGAGUACCUUUUGAAGGUUAGUUGUAUUUGAGUAGCGCAUGCAGCAGUAACACGAACAAAUUAGGGAUGAAGAUCAGGGAACAGUGGCAUAGAAGGUCGUUACUCUGUCCGAGCUAAUGCUGCCAUUUUUUCCUGCCUUUUCGCAGGAAUCAGCAUGUUUGAAGCUGAGCGAGCCAGAGUUAGACAUGGGUUCAAGAAAUAUAUCAACCAUGCCACCUCCGAAGAAGUUUAUACUGCCAUCAUCUAAAGCAAUGCCACCGCCUCCACCAAAAAGCAUGCCCCCACCCCCUCCAAAAUUUACUGCACCUAAAUCUAGUCUGGAAGUA